AUGGUGUUAGCAGCAGUCAAAUGGGUGAUAUCAAACAGAACUAUCCGGAAACAUUUAUUUCCAAUUCAAAUUGGAGCUUUAUGUUGUGUUUGUCAUAAAUCUACAUAUUCUUCUCUACCAGAUGACUAUAAUUGCAAAGUAGAGUUUGCUUUGAUAUCGGGUGGCAGGACAAUAGCAUGCUACCACCCUUCUGUGGACAUUCCAUAUGAUCCUCGGCCAGAUCCUGUGCAUAAUAAUGAAGAAACACAUGACCAAGUGCUGAAAACCAGAUUAGAAGAAAAAAAUGAGCAAUUUGAGCAAGGACCCACGAUAGAACAACUUAGCAAAAUGUUCUGUAUUACUAAGCACCGUUGGUAUCCUCGUGGACAGUAUUAUAGACAUCGUAGGAAACUGGAUCCUCCAAAAGACAGAUGA